GGGUGGGGAUGUGAGUCUUCUUGGACAAGUUCGACCUACACCUUUUUAAAAAAACACUUCUUCUUCUUCUUCACAAAGCCACUUUUCCUCCUUUACUUGUGUUGGUUUCGGACUUCUUCAGCAUGCUGGGGAACACGGCGCUCUACGCGGUGAAGAAACGGAAGAAGCCGGUCCAGAAAAUCCCCAAACCUUCACCUCCCGAUGGCGCCAAGUCCAACCCUUCCAAACGCCACCGGGACCGGCUCAACGGCGAGCUGGACAAACUCACCAGCCUGCUGCCAUUCACCGAGGAGGUCAGGGCUCGGCUGGAUAAGCUGUCCGUGCUGCGCCUCAGCGUCGGAUACCUGAAAGUCAAAAACUUCUUCAACGCCACCAUAAAGAAAGGCCAGAACGGCACCAGCUGGAGCAGCGAGCGGAGCCUGAUGUUCGGCAGCAACCCGCUCACUCCGUCCUCCGCCUCCUCCGUCACGUCUCCUUCCUCCUCUCAGAUCACCUCCAUCGACGGGGUCAGCUUCUCCGAGGGAGACCUGCUGCUCCAGGCUCUGAACGGGUUCGUGUUGGUGGUGACGGCUGAAGGUUACGUCUUCUACACUUCACCGACCAUCCAGGACUUCCUCGGCUUCCACCAGUCGGACGUCGUCCAUCAGAGCGUCUUCGAGUUGAUCCACACGGACGACCGCGCUCUCUUCAGACGGCAGCUUCACUUCGCUCUGAACACGCAGAGCCAACACGACGGCAGCGUAGAGAGUCCCAGCGAGCAGAGCAGCAGCGAGGUCAACAGCAACUUGAUGACGUACGAUCCGCAGGUCGUUCCUCCCGAAAACUCGUCCUUCCUGGAGAGAAACUUCUGCUGUCGCUUCCGAUGUCUGCUCGACAACUCCUCCGGCUUCCUGGCUCUGAACUUCCGUGGCCGGCUGAAGUUCCUCCACGGUCAGAACCGUCUGUCGGAGGAUGGGACGUUGAUCCCGCCGCAGCUCGCUCUGUUUGCCAUCGCCAUGCCGCUGCAGCCGCCGUCCAUCCUGGAGAUCCGCACCAAGACGCUCAUCUUCCAGACCAAACACAAGAUGGACUUCACACCCAUGGGCGUCGAUGCCAGAGGGAAAGUUGUUCUGGGUUAUAAUGAAACCGAGCUCUGCACCAGAGGAACCGGCUACCACUUCGUCCACGCUGCCGACAUGAUGUACUGCGCCGACAACCACGUGAGAAUGAUGAAAACAGGAGACAGCGGCUUCACCGUCUUCAGGCUUCUUACCAAAACCGGCACGUGGCUCUGGGUCCAGGCCAUCGCCAGGGUCAUCUUCAAAGGAGGAAAACCAGACUUCAUCGUGGCCCGGCAGAGAGCUUUAACAAAUGAAGAAGGAGAAGAACAACUUCGCCUCCGUCGUCUACAGCUGCCAUUCGACUUUGCCACAGGUGAGGCGCUGCUGUACGACCUCGCCCCGACCGUCGACGUCCCCGACCCGUCCCCCGCCGCGAAGCAGAGGAAGAUCGACAACUACUCUGUCAGCCGCGACUCCCUCCUGGGCUGCAUGCUGAGCCAGGACCAGUCCGUCUACUGCGAGAACAACAGCGCCAACAUCAACGACGUCGCCUUCAAGGACACGCACGCCACCGUCAACGUCCCCGUCAACCUCUGGCAGCAGCAGUCCUCGCCCAAACCCGUCGGGAGCCUUGUGAAAUCGGAGGGUACGGUUCAGGACAUGAUGGAGACCCUGCAGCAGAUUUUGGAGGAUAACGAACUCACAAACAGUUUGGACGUAGAACCGGACGAGCUGAAGAGUUGGGAGAGCACCUUGCUGAAGAUGAGCACCACCACCUGCGAGAUAAACGAAGAUCUGAAUGAGAUCCUCAGCCAAGACAUCCUGUCCUACGUCGAAGAGCAGCUACAGAAAGAAGGCGGACUCAAGCUGCUCGAUAACCUGGACGACAUCCCUACAUUGGACCUCCAGAACCAGAGUCUAGAUCAAAUUUUGGAGACAAAUUUCAGCUGGCCUGUGGAGACGCCAAACCAGCAGUUGAUCCCCAACGGAGGGCCGAUGAUGGCUCCGGUUCUGGGGACGAUGAAGCUGACCCACGCCGAUCUCCCUCAGCUAAACGGUCCCACGCUCCAGCAGAUCGCCUCACAACAGCAGCAGCAGCAGUCUCUCGUCCCUUCUGUGGGUCUGAACGCUGAUUUGGGCACCCCAGCGAUGGCCUUCAACCCUUCGUUUAUGGACUCUUGCGCUCAGACGCAGAACCAGCUGAGGAGCUUACAAGUCGCCCCGAAAGACAACAACAACCUCGGAGGAUUCUCGCUCCGGCAGAAUCAUCAUCAGCUCCUCUCCACCUUACCCGUCGGCCUCCAGGACCAAAGCGCCGAAUUACAGUUGAACCCCGUCUUCACCUUCCAGGGGAACCAAGGGAACCAGGGGAGGAACCAGUGGAACGCCUCCUCGCUCUCCAACUCGACACAAGCCGACACCUUUGAAACGUACAACCAAAAUAUUUCAAACGCACCGAGCUGCUUACCGAGCCACUUUGCACUUCAGACGCAGAACAGCGACAAUCAGAGACAAUCAUGGCAGCAGCAGCAGCAGCAGCAGCCGAUCUCUAACGGACACCAACAGAUGGGCGCCUGCAUCAACCAAAUUUCGGGAUUUCAAAGGAAUCCCCUCCCCGGUGUCACCGCAAUGCCAAACUCAAUCAACAACUGCGCCCCCAUGUUCAGGACUGCAGAGACUUCUAAUGUUCAGUUCCCUGUCAAACCUCCAUCUCUAGCACCUUCUAGCAGCUGCAUGUUUCAAAACACCGCCGCUGCCCCUGCCCCCUCUGUGCCCCUAAACGGGGUGCACCUCAGCCAGGCGCCCCCUUCCUCCUGUCAGAGACUGAAUCCCCCCCCAACCAGCCACAUCCCCUCCAAGCCCUCCUGUUUCUAUCAGGGGCUUCCCGGAGGUGGGGCAGUGCAGGGGAUGACCCCAAUCCCAAAUCCUGAUCCAGCGCUACCGUCCUGCCAAAUGACCCCCGGACUCGACACCGAGAGCCUGUUGGUGCAGCAGCAGCAGUACCUGAACUUCAGCGAUCAGACACAGAUCAACAGCCGUCCAGUCGUCGGUAACGGAGGUUUCCCCUUCUCCUCGCUGCCCAAUGGGAACGCGUACUACUCAGAGAACAAAUAGGAAUCAUCCGCUGUGAUUCCUGGACGGCAGAGGACCCCCGAUACUGGACUGAAAUACAUUUUAAAAAGGGCCGUUUUUUAAAGGAAACUGAAGAACAGAAAAGUGAGAAGGACGGGGAGAUGAACCGGUCCCGCUCUCUCUCAACAGGAAGAGAGACGAAAGCUUUAUGAGAGGAAGAAGAAGAAGAAACGCUGGUUGGAUGAAACCAGAAAAUAAGGAAAAAAGGAGAUAACCGAUGUCCUGAAUCAGCAAAUUUUUGGUGCAAUCGUGAUCAAAUUUGAGGAGAUUUUUGAACACAGGAAAGUUUCAGGAUGUUUGUUUUUUUUCCAGAACGUUUCCCGUCAUCAGUUCAUCAUGAGGAGGAAGAUUUAGUUUUUUGGGAGGGGAGGAAUCAGAAAGACUUGGAUAUGAAAGUUGGAGGGAAACCAAAACCAGCCGAUCACUCCUCAAAUCCUCCUCCAAGUUUUCUCCCUUGUAAAAACCAAAACCUGAAAUCUCACCUUCAACCUUAAUUAGGAGUCGAUUCUUAAUUAAAGUUAAUUUUUGAGCAAAGACGCCAAAUAUUUUACAGUUUCAGGCUCUCAAACCUUUUUUUUGUUGGUCUUACGUUAGAAAUAUUUUAAUAUUUUUAAGCUUUUGGUUUUAUUUGUCAGACUAAACCAGAUAUUUAAUGACUUUUUUCACUCUUUUCUGAUGUUUUAUCAACUUAAUUCGUCAAUUAAUACAGAAAAUACUCAAAAGUGUCUAAAUUAACUCCAAUAUUAGCACUUAUUUUAUAUCAUUUUAAAUGUAUUUUUGUUGUUUUCAUGACUAUUUUUCUUCCAGAAUCAUGAAAUAUAAAAGUUUAAGUGUUUAAUAUGUAGAGCUGCUGAAAAUAAUGGAAAAAUGCUUCUUAUUAGUUAAAUAUAAUGUUUAGUUUUCUUCUGCCGACAGCUGAAAACCAAAAGAUAUGAAUUUACUUUACAAAGAAAAGGCUGAAAGAAAGAGACUAUGAUGAAUAAAAUCUAGAUUAGGUGAAAUAUAAACACUGUUCAAUAUGGAGGGCGAUUUUUAUUAUCGAUGAACAGUUUUAUCUGUAAAAUGUCAGAAAAGAGUGAAAAAAAGAAUCUUUAAAUAUUUAAUUUUGUCCGACCAUCAGGUGAAAACCCAAAAAUAUUAAAUUACUGUCACAUAUGAUGAAUAAAAACAUGAAGUCUUCACAUUUAAGAGGCUGAAACAUCAAAAAAACUACUUAUUUGAUGACAGUGGGUGUUGUUCCCCGUUUCAGCCACCGGGGGGCAGCAGUGAGUCGACUCCUUUUUUUUUUAAUAGAAGUGACAUUUCAGCUUUUUUAAUCUUUUUUUGGGGGGUUUUACAAGAGAAAGCAUUGAAGGAUGGAGGAGUUACUAGGUGAAUUAACUCCCCUCCACCUCCCAGAGUGUUGCCAUGACAACGAUCGAUAACUAAAAGAAAGAAAAGGAAAAAGAAAGGCCUGUUUUAAAUCCUCUGCCGUCUCUCUGACGAACAAACAACGCCGACCUACUCCCUUAAAAAGCGCUCAGAAGGAUAAAAUAUAUCGACUUUUUGUUGUUUUUUGUUGUUUUUGUCCUUUUUUUUGUUUGUUUUUUUUGUUUUGAAAGUUCAUUUCAAAUCUAUAUAUUGUCUUUUGAAUCGUCCCCGCUGAGGGAGAUUUGUUGCUUUGCAGACAGGGUAUAUUAAUUAAUGGAUUAAAAAGACAGGAAAAUAAAAUAAAAGAAAGAAACGCACAAUAAAAAACAUCCAACUAUUAAACAACAGACAGAUUUGAGGAGGAAUCAGUGAGGAGGACAGCUGCUUGUUUUAUGUCACUGAGCCAGUUUUAUGUCUUUUUCUUUUUUCUUUUUCUUUUCUUUUUAAUAUUUCUGUGUUUCUUUUCUUUCUGUGGAAAAAAAAAUACAGACGGUGCCUUAAAAAAAAAGACAGAUCUGUUUUAAAACUUUAAAGGGACAGUCUGUCAAUUUAAAUAAAAUAAAAAAUAAGUGCAAAUUUAGAAAAAACACCAAAGUGAAUAAAAACCUUGCCUUAACUUCAACAAGCCAAUUAUAUUUUAAAUAUUUAUUGCACUAUUUCUUUAAAGUGUUGCCAAAGCAUAAAGCAAAAAUAAUUCCCAAGCCCCCCAAAGAUAGUUUUAUUAUAACAUAAGCACAAAUUAAGAUGAUUUUAGUACUUAUUUCAUGAAAAAAUCCUCCAGAUUUGAUAGAAAAAUAGAUUAAUAGCACAUUUUAGGUUUUAAAAAGGCAUAAAAACAUCAAAGAAACCAAAUAUUAACAUACUGAUUUAUAUUUUUUGUGACAAAUUUCCGUCCUCUUCCUCUUUUCCUGUUUCCAUCUCGUAGUUAAACAUUAAUUUAUGGACGCUCUUGCUCGGAUCAGGAGUAAAAAAAUACAAAAAACACAGAAGUUAAAAAAAUAAAACAACAAAAAAACACAGUAUAAAGGCAGCUAUUGUAUAUUUUAAAUGAGGAAAUAAAUAAAUAGGGGCGGGGGGCGGGGGGGAGAUAAAGGAACACUUCACAAGUUUUAAAAAAGAAUAAAAUGAAAUAAAACAAUAAAAAAAGGAGGGGUGGAAACUUCAAGUGCCUUUUUUUUUUAAUUGAACCUUUUUGAUUGUUAAAAAAAAAACACACACACACAAUUCAGCACUUAUAAAAGAAACGCUGGAAGUCGCUUCAUCCCCGUACUGAGCCACAAAUAUACACAAAUAUAUCAUUUCCAGCACUUAUUUAAAACAGUUCUUAUACAAAAUGAAUAAUUUCAGGCAAGGAUCUUUUUAAAAAAACUUGACUUUAAAUACCAAAAAAUAAAAAUAAAAAAGCCAUCUGUGAUGAUUUAAUGUCCGAGGAUACCAAAGGGAGAAAUAAAUGAUUCAUAUUUAUCUAUAAACACUUAAAACAGCGACUAAACGACUGCGCUGAUUGUAGUUUUACGUUGAUUUUAACAAACUAGAAUCGUGCUGCAUUCAAGUGUUAUGGGAAAAAUUUGUAAUUUCCAGUUUCGCUGUAGUUUUAUCUGUGAACGCUUUUAAUUAACACAGCGUUACUCAAAUUUAAUGUUAUAUAUUUCUCUACACAGUAUGACAAGAAUUGUAAUUACGAGUCUUUUAAUUCCCGUAUUUCAUGAAUGCUCUAUUCUCCGAGGGCUUGUUAAAAAAAGGCAUUCUGGGAUAUGUAGUAAAACCACUAACUGCAGUAGUUUAGAGGAGAGUCAGGUGCAGUUUGCAGUAUUUUAUUAUGACUUUGGCUCAAUUUAAUGUGAAUAAUUAAAUAAUAUUAAAACUUUAUGAUAUUUCCUUAAAGAUUAUUCACUGAAAAUUACAAUUAUGUCAAAAAAAUCCAACUAAUCAGUGUCUGAAAUGAUAUAUAUUAAGAAAAAAGACAUUUAAGAAGCUAAAAGUACCA